AUGUCGAUUGAUUUAAUGAGCAAUGUGUCCUGUGCCAAGCAAGCAUGCGCUGUCAUCUGGGACUUUGAUCUUGGUGGAGACUUUCGUCUGAGCACAAAAGUCAUGGAAUCUGUCAAUCGAUCUGGAGGAAGCAGCAAUGGGCUACUCUGCCCUAUUCGAACAGGACCUACCAGUGAAAAUAGAGAUGAGAUCAGGGGUUAUAAGCUGGGAAAGCAGAAGUUCAGCUACAAUGCAAUCACGCUACUGUUGCAAGACACCUGCGGCCCCAAGAUAAUUGCAUCCGCUGUUGAGGCACCCAUAGGGAAUGAAGUGGUAGCUGAGCUCAAGCAAAGUUGCCUCAAGUACAAUCUCCAUCUGGCCAGCGGCGACGAGCUGUGUGCAUACCUCUUUUUGGUAUUUGCAAAGAAUGUAGCAACAGAUGAGCCGCAGCAAUAUGCAUGGCAGGUUGUCACCAGAGAGAACUGUCUCCGUGGUUGCGAAGGGCCAAUGCUAAUGGGCAUUCGUCGUUAUGGAAGAACGACCAGAGGCAUUUUGGAAGAAAGACAUGACAGAGCCAAAGAUCCCAGCAAACUGUACGUUGCAAUUGACGAGGCAUGUGCACACUUGGAUCAUAAGUCGCCAAGGUUUCGUCUCGUCCUGGGCUUGUACUCUGAGAAGCAGGAAGUGGCAACAGCUGUAUCAGGAGUGAUCCGCAUUGUCGCCAACAAUGAUGCACCGCGAGGAUCAGCAUCUUUCGACCUUGUGUGCAACAUGCAUGGCUCAGAAGCUGCUCCGGCUAUCAACCAGCCCGGAGAACCGAGGCCUCCGCUGCAGGAAAUUGUGACGAACGUCGUGACAAGUGCCAACAGGCUUGGAUCGAAACCGAAGCUGAAGGAACGUCUUGGUCAAUGCAAGGAGAAAGCUGCAAUCGACGCAGUACAGAAAGACCCUCCUGCCAGCGAGGUAGAGGAGCAGCUCGACUUGAGCGGCGACGCAGAAGAUCCUCGUCAACAAAGGACAUUGACGUCUCUUGUUGAAAGGCUGCUGGAGCUCUUCGGCAACAAAGUCGGCUCUGUCCUCUCCCUGGGCUGCCUAGCGGAGGAUCUCGGAGUCAAAAAGCGGCGCAUCUAUGACGUUAUGAACGUGCUGGAGAGCAUCCAGGUCGUGGAACGCAAAGCUCAAGACUUGUACAUCUGGAAGGGGGCCAGCUCGAUUAAAGACGCUCUAGACGCUCUUGCGUUCGAAGCGGAAAUGAGAACGAUAGACGCCGACGGCGAGACUCCGCACUCAAGCAACGAAGAAGCCUCAGCGACGGAGGCGCCACGCAGAGAUACGCGGCUCUUUAAGUCGCUGAAGGUUCUGAGCGAGGAGUUCGUGCGAGUCUUUCUUGCGGAUCAGGGGCAGGUCAUUCUCCUCAACAAGGCGGUUUCCGCCGUUUUGGGAGGCUUAAACGACGGUGUUCAAUCGAUCCGACGACGGCUGUAUGACGUGGCAAACAUCCUCUCUUGCCUGCACCUGGUCGUCAAGUUCCAAGCCUCGCAGGGACCUGCGUACCUGUGGCUGGGUAUCCCAGGCUUGCAAGAGCGGCUAGGGGAGUUUCCAGGUGUUUCUACAACCACUCGCACGGUUCAGUACCGAAAGCGGAAAAGCGACGACUCCCUCUCUACGCCCCGUCAAAGCUCCCAGCCAACGGCCUCCCCAAAUGAGCCCCCCCCGAAGCGACGCUCCCUGCCACGUGGCAGCCGUCCCGUACGGCUCCCCUCGGACGACUUCGCCGACGCAUUUCUGACGCGCUCGGGAUUUAAGAUCUGUGAAGAGGACUCUAGAGAGAAGCCCUCUCACAGCGGCCGACCGCCCCUCUCCCCGGUGCCCCUCCCCCCCCGGCAGCGUCCGUCCGCACCCGCGAGCGCUUUCCGGAGACCUGUACCGCUUGCGCAGUCUUCGUCGAGUCAAAACCUUUCCUCCGGGUCCGGAAAACCUCCCAGAAUGAGCGGCCCCCCUUCGGAAUGCGCAAAACCGCCCCGGUUAAGCCUUCCCCCCUCGGGAUCCGCAAAACCGCCCCGAUUGAGCCUUCCCCCGGGCGCCUCCCACCAACCGGGGCAGCCCCUGGCGAGCCCGACUCUCACAUACAACCCGUUCGAGCCCUUCUUACCGGCCCGUCUUCAGCCCACGUUCACACUGCCCUCCAGAAAACCGCCCGUGCCGGUCCUGCGCCCCACGCCCCGCCGGUUGUCGAGCAUUCCCCCCGUUCCCCGGUUCCCUGGGCCUGCUCCUCCCGGGAACAAAUCGAGACGGGAACCUGAGACCGUGCGACGAACAGGCGCUCGGUUGAGUAUCCCCGGGCAUCGGCGCGAGCUCUCUGAGGCGACGCGGGUCUCAACCAGCGACUUCACGCCGUACCGCCAGCCAGCCUGCCGGGACCUCCCGGGAAGCUGUUCCGGGGUCCCGCUUUCGACUGCAUCGGCUGCGCAAGUAGCCAGCCGCAGCAGCCUCGCGAGACCGGAGUACGAUUCCGGCCGAGUUUCGGCCCCUGUUGCCGGGGAAUCAAAGCGGAGUUCCCUUCCUUCGGAACCCACUGUGGUGGCCGGAACGUCUGCAUCCGUUAGCCCACGGCCUGGCUCAGUUUCGGAGGGCCACUGCGGUGAUGACCACAUCCCGUGCCAGACGGCGCGCGCUGAUCUUGCCACGUCAUCAGAGCGAGAAGCCGCUCCGGAACCUGGUUCGCAGGAGCAAGGUGGUCUGGCGACUUGGACCGAUGCCUGUCGGGACGUCCGGAUCAACCGUCCGUUUGAGCUGCUGAACAAUGUGACCCAAGUGCUGCUUCUGCUGCGUAAUCCGGCGGCGCUUUCGGACGCUGACGAGUACACGCGAGCUCUUGCUGACGCCCGCACCCGCAUCUUGCCACACAUCCCUGCCGCGGACCUUCGUCGGCAGUUACCACCGCACCUAGCCUCAGUUAUGGGAUUCGCUUACCAGAACGGACGAGCGAAGGCCAAUCUCUGACUAGAGAGGGCACGGAGAGAUCAUUUUACAGGAGUGUGUCGCGAAACCCACAGCAGCUGCAACAUGCUACUCAUACCUCGUAGUCUGUCCGUGGGAACUUGUCCCUCUCACCUACGUUCUGUGUAUUUUUCAAUUUAUUUAUCAACGAUGUAAAGUAAGGACUGGACGAGGCCGCUUAACGUAGCAGUUUAGGAAACCCAACGAAUCAGGGCACUGGAGCGGAUGAGGUAGCAACGGCCAAGUUUUGAUUGUACCGUAGAUAUUCGGCCUCUUUGGUAGACAUAGGCGCCAGCUUGAGAUUAGUAACGGGCGAAGGCGGUGAACAUGACAAAAUUCUGUAGAAGGAACCCUGGAUUAGACGGCUCCGCUACUAAACAAAGCCAGGUCUUGUCCGAUAACAGAACUUUGCAUUGCCAACAGUGCCGGAACCACUUCGUACAGAUGAAUUAUCUAGGGACAGAGUUGACUGAAUGCCAGGGCCAGCUGCUAGUAAGUACA